UUGGCUGCUUUUUGGAAAAAAAAUCAGCUUUUCUUGUAAUUUGCCUUUUUCCCUUUUUUUUGUUUUCUAAUUUAUUAAUAAUAAUAGUUUUUUUGUUUUUUUGGGCUGGGUUAUUAUUGUACACUUUACUUAUUAUGCAAUUGUAGGUAAAAUCAAGCUAAUUUUCUCAGAUUUUAGUGGCUAGAUUGGAAUGUGGGUUGAGUAAUUUGGGGAUUUCUGGGAUUUUUUUUAUAGAGAUUUCUGAAAUUUGAUGUGAAAUUUUUACUGGGUAAGUUCGUAAAUUUACUGGGUAUGUGCUUAAAUUCACUCCAAAUAUCACUGAAAAGGUCUCAAUCAACCAAUUUUUCACUGGAUCAUUUUUUUUUUAGUUUUUUAAUUUUUCAAUGUGAAUAGUAUAGUUGUUUUACUUUUAGUGUAUGAUUUGUCAAUGAUUACAAUAUUGGGGUUGUAAAAGUUCCCAGAAUCAAGCUAAUUAUUAUUUUUCAUGGUGGUUGGAAUAGAAUGUGGGUUGAAUAAUCAUGCUGAAGAUGGGUUUUAUUUUUUUAAUUCUAAUAUAAAUUUUGUAGGAUGGUGAUUGAUUGAUUUCCUUGAGAUUUACGCUGGCGGGUAGUUGGUGUUCUAUUCAGCUUUGAUGUGAAAUAUCAUUUGGGUGUACAGUAGAAAUCAGUGGAUUAGUCCCUAUAAUUCUGAUUAAUCUGUAAAUUCCUUUUUUAUUCUUCUAUGCUUUUGUUCCUGUUUGUUCCCCUGCUUUUUCUGUGAGUUUUAUUAGCUGACACUGAGAGGUCUUUGUUGAGGAGGAGGUUUAUAUGGGGUUUUGUUUUCCUGGAUACAAGUUGUGGGCAUUGUAUUUGAUCUUUCUCGAAACUUACCCGUCUUGUUUUGAACUAAAUUCGAGAUGUUUUAUCUCUUAUUCUUUGCUGUCUGAGCUGCUGUUUGUUCUUUCAUUCUAUGCGGGGAUGUUGAGUACAUGCAUUUAUGGUGGAGAAGGUUGCCACUUUGUUAGUACUUUCAAUGGUGCUCAAAUGAAUGGGAUUCAACUGAAUGGUAAACCUCGUGGUUCUGAGAAACCUGUGCCAGGAUGUUUGGGAAGAAUGGUCAACCUCUUCGACUUAACUUCCGGCAUGUCUGGAAACCGGCUUCUCACUGACAAGCCGUAUAAUGACGGUUCUUCUUUAUCAAGAUGUCGAUCUGAUGUCUCUAGGAUGUCGAGCAUUAAUGCGGAUGAGAUGGAAGAUAAAGUGAUGGUCUCCGACUUAAGGAGGUCUUCAUCAAACAGAAAAACUAAUGGAACUCCCGUAAAAAUUUUAAUAGCUCAAGAAAUGUCAAAGGACUUGGAAUUUAAACAGAAGCCACCUAAUGUAGUAGCAAAGUUGAUGGGACUUGAUGUGAUUCCUCAGCAACAGCCUGAUUUUGCUCCCCAGAGGAUUCAAUCAAGAGGUUAUUAUCGAACAAGUCACUCAGAGAUACCAGUAGGAUAUUGGCAGGAAGAACAUGACUUUCUCAACAAGCAAAUUGAUAGUGAGGCUUAUCCUUAUCGAGAUCAGGAUGAAUAUAAGGACAUAUAUGAGAUCUGGCAGCAAUCUCAAAGAACAAACUGUAGAAGAGAUAAAUCGCCUCAAAAGGGUAGAUUUGCUGAAAAUGUGAAUGAAAAAAAGCUGGCACUCAUUCGUCAAAAAUUUAUGGAAGCAAAACGCCUUUCCACGGAUGAGAAGCUACGACAGACCAAGGAGUUCCAAGAAGCUUUAGAUGUGUUGAGUUCCAACGGUGACUUGUUUCUCAAAGUUCUUCAAGAGCCAAAUUCUUUGUUUUCUCAGCAGUUCAUUAUAGGGGAAUCCAUCUCUCCGUCUCCAGAAACCAAACGUAUUACUGUCCUUCGACCUUCUAAAAUGGUGGGCGAUGACAAAUUUGAUGCACCAGCUAAGAGGAAUGAAAAGCAAGUAAAGAAGCAAGUUUCGUUAAACCAGGUCAAUGCUUGGGAUAACCAGCAUAGGGGAUUUCCGCCUACUAUAUCAUCCUGGAAAGUUAGUGAUAGUCCUCCUAUUCAGCCAACCCGGAUAGUGGUGCUGAAACCUAGUCCUGCUAAGGCUAAUGAACCUAAGGCAGUAAUCUCUUCAACCCCAUCCUCUCCGCGGGUUCUACCGAGUGAAAGUUUCUUUGAAGAACCAGAGGAUGAGGAGGCCCGAGAAGCAAGGGAAGUGGCAAAGGAAAUCACGCAACAGAUGCGUGAGAAUCUGGCAGGUCAUCGAAGAGAUGAAACAUUACUUUCUUCUGUAUUUUCUAAUGGCUAUACAGGGGAUGAAAGUUCUUUCGAAAAAUCUGAAAAUGAAUUUGCAGCUGAAAAUAUUAGUGAUUCUGAAGUUAUGUCGCCAACGUCAAGGCAUUCUUGGGAUUAUGUCAAUAGAUUUGGUAGCCCAUUUUCUUCGUCAUCUUUCAGCCGUGCAUCUUAUUCGCCAGAGUCGUCAGUUUGUAGAGAAGCCAAAAAGAGACUUUCUGAGAGAUGGGCCAUGAUGGCAUCACAUGGAAACAACAAUAAUAAUCAUGACCAACGGCACAUUCGAAGAAGUUCCAGUACGCUUGGUGAAAUGCUUGCACUUUCUGAGAUCAAGAACUCUGAAAUAUGUGAGGUUGAGGACAACAAUAAAGAUCAAGAUCCCAGGGGAUCAACUUCAUGCUUGAAUAGCAAUAUGGAUGCAAGAGAAUGCGGUUCUGAUUCUCCCAAGAAUCUUUUGAGAUCAAAAUCAGUCCCUGUUUCAUCUACAGCUUAUGGAGAAAGGCUGAAUGUUGAUGUCACCAGUCCAGCACAUUGCAAGGGGGAUUUUUCGAAGGAAAUAAUGAAGGCAAAGGCAUCAAAGACCUCAUUCACUGGGAAGGUCACAAGCUUGUUUUUCUCAAGGAAUAAAAAAUCUAGGAAAGAGAAGUCCAGCAAAUCACUUUCUAAUGAUGAAUCUCAACUGGCAGCAGCCGAAACUCCCGGAUUCCUGGCACCUCCUGGAAGAACAAGCAAUGAUCAUUCUGAGGGGGUGCUAUCUCCAACUUUGCAGCUGCAUAGGGGGCCUGUUAUGACAAAUCUUAGUGAUACGAGACUUGGACAAGGCGUUAGUUCACAGCAGGGAUUUGCUGUAUCCCAGCCAGGGGCACCUGUAACUCAAGGUGAGAAUCAGGAACAACCUAGCCCUAUCUCAGUCCUGGAAGCUCCAUUUGAAGAGGAUGACAGUGCCUUACUUGGAUGUUCUCGUAGCAUUGAGUCUCAUUUGCAUGGAGAGCAUAUUCCUCUGAGUCUUGGCAAGUCUAAUUUGAUUGAUAAAUCACCACCAAUCGGAUCAAUUGCAAGGACCUUAUCAUGGGAAGAAUCCUUUGCAGAAACGUCCACCAACUAUCCUUUAAGUUCUCCGUUUGUAUCCCCAGGAGCAGAGGAUGAUGAGGUCGAAUAUCUUUACUUAGUUCAAUCCCUACUAACGAUGGCAGGUCUUGAUGAUGAGGGACAAGUGGGUUCAAAUUUGGCCAGAUGGCAUUCCCCGGACAGCCCAUUAGAUCCCCUCUUGAGAGAUAAAUACAUCGACCUGACCGCCAAGGAGCCAUUACACGAAGCGAAAAGGAGGCAGCUAAGAUCAUGCAGAAAGCUCGUCUUUGACUGUGUUAACGCGGCACUAGUGGACAUUACAGGUUUUGGAACCACUGCUAGCCAUUGGGGUGGAUCAUGUGUUAGGCCUAGCCACGGGUGCUUGGAAAGUGGGACAGGGACAGCAUUGGCAGACAAGGUGUGGUCCUGGAUGAAGGAAUUGUUGCCGGGCGAGGUCAAGUUCCUUUCAGUUGAUUGUGGGGACAACCACAGCUUGGUAGAGAGGCUGGUGAGGAAGGAAGUUACAGGGAAAGGGUGGAAUGAUCAAAUAAGAUUACAAGUUGACAGUAUCGGCAAAGAAAUUGAAGGGAAACUUCUUGAAGAACUUGUAGAGGAGUCAGUAGUUGAAUGGACCAGUUGAGACCGCGAAGAAGGGUGCUUUUUUCGUCCCUUGUUUUUCCCCGUAAUCUUUGUUUAUUACACUCUAAUUAAAUUAUUAUUCCAAGUUACUUAUUUUGUGUAUCAAUGGUAACUAACUCAAAAUUGCUAAUCCUUUUUUUCCUGAUCUGUUUAGAUGGAAAUUGUUGCAAAAAUGUGUAUCUAUUCUGGGUUAAUAUAUAUCUUCUGUCUUCAGUGUAUUUAACUGUAUUUGAGAUGGAAAGAUAAAAUAGAGAGAGGUAUUAAGAUCUGUUUCUUGUCAUCUGUCCCCAUCAUUUUAUAUCCCCUCGCAUA